AUGCUGUUUUUUCACACUCGGUGUGUUGCAUAUGGAACAUCAUUUUUUUUCCUGUUCUUUUCCAGUUUAGGUCUCAUAUCAGAUUCUUUUCAUAUGUUUUUUGACUGUACUGCCCUGUUGGCUGGGUUAGCAGCUUCAGUUAUUUCCAAAUGGAGAUCCAACGAUGCUUUCUCAUAUGGGUACGUUCGAGCAGAAGUACUUGCUGGGUUUGUAAAUGGUUUAUUCCUCAUCUUCACAGCAUUCUUCAUUUUUUCUGAAGGUGUUGAGAGAGCACUCGAACCCCCUGACGUGCAUCAUGAGAGACUCCUUCCUGUUUCUAUCCUAGGAUUCAUCGUAAACCUUAUAGGAAUAUUUGUUUUCCAGCACGGCGGUCACGGGCACUCGCAUGGCUCUGGGCAUGAACACAGCCAUUCCCUGUUCAACGGUGGUCUGGGCCACGGUCACAGCCACGGGGGCCACGGUCACAGCCAUGAACACAAGCAUGGCCAUGGACACACUCACGGCCACGGCCCUGGCCAUGGCCACUCUCAUGGGCAGGAUUACUGUCAUGAUGACCAUUCUCUCGACGGGAUGGCUGGAUCCAGCAAACAGAUUCUGCAAGGUGUGUUUCUGCACAUCGUCGCAGACACGCUGGGAAGCAUCGGUGUCAUCGUGUCUGCUGUACUGAUGCAGAACUAUGGGCUAAUGAUAGCAGACCCCAUUUGCUCCAUGCUGAUAGCUUUGCUCAUAGGUGUAAGCAUUGUUCCACUUCUGAAAGAAUCCAUUGGAAUUUUGAUGCAGCGAACUCCUCCUUCCCUGGAAAACGCCCUGCCUCAGUGCUACCAGAGGGUGCAGCAGUUGCAAGGAGUUUACAGUUUACAUGACCCCCAUUUCUGGACCCUUUGCACGGAUGUUUACAUAGGGACUCUGAAAUUGCUGGUAGCUCCGGAUGCCGACGGAAGGUGGAUUCUGAGCCAGACUCACAACAUAUUCACUCAGGCCGGGGUCAGACAGCUUUACGUACAGAUCGACGUUGCAGCCAUGUAG